AUCUCCGAUAUGACUCACUUACUGCAUUCAGAUUAGUUUUCGUUCCUUCUUUUUUUUUUAGGUUAUCUCGGCUGGGUCGGCUGGAACGCGGGAAAGUAUUUAUACCCCGCACCCACUUCCCCCCGCACUAUUUUCCCUUCUCCCUUCUAUCUUUCAUUUCAAUUUCAAUUUAAAACAAUCGUUGCAAUGCCUCAACUCCAUACUGGAAACUCCAUCCCCGCCAUCGGGUUCGGAUGCGCAGGCUGGGGCACUGGCCCCGACGCGGCGGAGGAUCUCUUCGAUAAGAAAUUCGAGGCGGCGUACGCAAGCGGUUACAGAUUGUAUGAUUGUGCAGAGGAAUAUGGCCCUGUUGAAAAUGAUAUUGGCCGGUUGACCACCCCCGUGCGCGAGCAAGUAUAUCUCCUCACAAAAUGCCGUGAUUACCGGCCCGGCGAUACUGUGGCGACGGUUCUCCCCCGGCUGCAGGCUUCGGUGCGACGGAUGUGUCCUGGGAUGGAGAAGCCGUGUGUGGAUCUGUUCCUGAUCCAUGAGCCGGUGAUCGGGCCUGAGGGGAGAGUUGUCAUGUGGGAGGCUUUGGUUGAGUUGCAAAAGCUCGGCGAGACCAAGGAUAUCGGCGUGUCGAAUUUUGGAUUGAAGCAUCUUCUUACCCUCCCUGCUCCGAAGCCGGUGGUGAACCAGGUGGAACUGCAUCCUUGGUGCCAACACCGCGAGAUGGUGGAAUACUGCAAUAAGAAUGGCAUCAUCAUGCAAUGCUACGCACCCAACGCGCGCAACAAACACGCCGACAAUCCUGUGCUGCAGGAGAUCUCCCAGAGCGUCAACCGCUCGCCGACGCAGGUUCUUCUCCGCUGGUCGAUCCAACAUGGAUACAUCCCUCUCCCCAAGUCGGACCAUGCAGAGAGAAUCAAGCAGAACAUCGAGGUGUUUGACUUCACCCUCUCGGAGGAACAGAUGGAGAGACUGGAUGCUCUGGGGGCGGAUGGCGACCACCCUGUGUGCAAGAGCUAUGAUGAUUUCUGCGAUUGAAUAAUUAGAAUAAUCCUUAUUCACUGGUCUUAUCUUAUCGCGGUCCGCCGAGUUCGGCCUCGGACGGACUCUCCGUCCGGAUGAAUUAAUUCAAUUCCUCAAUCCAUUCCAUCAUUCCAUCAAUCCAUCAGUUCUUCUUUCUUUUUCUUCUUCUCUCUCAGUUCUCUAGCCUCCAUCUAAUCUCCUUUCCUAUCUCAAAAUGAGAACAAUCGCUCCCACCGCCCGAAUCCUCUACGUCGGCCUCGA